UCGCUCUCAAACUGUGGCGGCCAUGUUGUGUCCGUGGGGGACUGGUGGAGUGCGUACGGAACAGAGUCUGGCUCCGCUCGGGAGUACACGGCGGGGUUCGCGGGCUUGAACUCGUCUGGGUGUCACAUCACACAUCGACAUGAGCCGUCCGUCCUCUGCCGGUGGCGCGGCCGGAGGACUCGGAGCCGUUAAAGUAGGAGGAAGUAAGCAUGGAGGCUCCGGAGGAACAACCGCCUCCGCUGCUGCAGCGGCGGCUGUGGGGGUGUCCGGCUCUGUCUCGGUCACCGCGGCCGCCGUAGCCCUUCCAGUCACGGCCCUACCAGGACAAUCGGCCGAGCUGACAGCGCUGUUCGAGUGUCCGGUGUGUUUCGACUAUGUGCUGCCGCCGAUACUGCAAUGCCAGGCUGGGCAUCUGGUGUGUAACCAGUGUCGCCAGAAGCUCAGCUGUUGCCCGACCUGUCGAGGCCCUCUCACCCCGAGCAUACGGAACCUGGCGAUGGAGAAAGUUGCAUCCACUUUGCCGUUUCCGUGUAAGUAUGCCUCGGCCGGAUGCCUGCUUUCUCUCCACCACAGCGAGAAGCCGGAGCACGAGGAGGUGUGUGAGUUUCGCCCGUACACCUGCCCCUGCCCGGGGGCUUCCUGCAAAUGGCAGGGCUCUCUGGAGGCCGUCAUGCCACAUCUCAUGCACGCCCACAAAUCCAUUACCACCUUACAGGGGGAGGACAUUGUUUUUCUAGCCACGGACAUCAACCUGCCAGGGGCCGUGGACUGGGUCAUGAUGCAGUCGUGCUUCGGCCACCACUUUAUGCUGGUUUUAGAAAAGCAGGAAAAGUACGAAGGACACCAGCAGUUCUUUGCCAUCGUGCUGCUUAUUGGCACACGAAAGCAGGCGGAGAACUUUGCAUACCGCCUUGAGUUGAACGGCAACCGGAGGCGGCUCACGUGGGAGGCCACGCCACGCUCGAUCCAUGACGGUGUGGCGGCAGCCAUCAUGAACAGUGACUGCCUCGUAUUCGAUACCUCUAUCGCCCACUUGUUUGCCGACAACGGCAACUUGGGUAUCAACGUCACCAUCUCCAUGUGCUGAGGUGGUAUGUUAUCCCAGAAUAGGACUUUGCUAGCGAUCGAACCCUGGACAACUGCUGCUCCCGAUCAGACAAGAGGGUCUGGAGAUAACGGGUGGGAGAUGUAUACAUUUGUGUAUAUUUCUGUUCAAGACUCAUCCGCUCAAACAACGCACACUAAAGUUUCACUUGUAGGUUAGCAUGCUAGGUGCAUUGCAGGAGUUGAUAAGUUGAAGAGGAAUGCGGGUGCUGGUGCAGUUCACAUUUAUUCUUGUACGCCCCAUACACACCAAGACCUGAACCUUCAUAACCAUCUGAUCACACCCAAAGUGGAUGACUAGAAUGUUCUCUGCCGUGCCCGAAACCACAGGACUUUUCGGCCAGAGAUUCACAUAAAUCGGGAUCAUCUGAUCAGUCAAGCGUCAGUGAUGCGUAACUUGGGUCUAAGUGCAUCUCAGAAGCAUAAAGAACCUCGAAGUAUAAAAAUGCACUGACUGCUUUGGUUUUCUAUCAAGAAUAUCAGUUGGAACCAUGACGGUUGUACAUUGCAAUGUAAGGGGGGUGAAUGUUCUUGAAAUAUCUUGAUAAAACAGUGCCCAGUGCUGAUGGUGUGCAUAGUGGAAAUAAAAUUUACUUGCAAAAAUGAUUGUAUAGCCACCAUUUUCAGAAUCUGACCUCUUCGCCCAUCGUGUCUCUUAUUUACCCUUUUUUAAUAAACAUGUCUUUGCUAUCACAAGACAGAAAUCAGAUAGCAACUGGAGUGCUAGUCAAAUUUUCUAUUAUCAGUGAGCAAAUCAGGUUUCGAUCUAGUUAACAAAACUAGACAACUUUUUUUAACCAUCAUCUGCUCUAAUGCCACAUCAAAAAUAUGGUUUUUCAAACUUGUUUUAUGUUUGUUUGUUUGUUCUGCAUUACUUUGCCUUUUUAAGUGUACGGUAUCACCAGUGACUGCAUGUAAACAAUUAAUGUUUUGCAAUUGCAAACAAUCUUUGUCUUGUUCUGUGUUGCUUACUUGCGUUCUUUAUAUUAGAAUUUAUUGAUGAGACUCAAACGUCUUGUAAAUAUACCAGCAAAUUCAGUUUUGUUGAUAUAUGUUGUUAUUGUUGUGUCUCUUCAAAUUCGAUUGUUUAGUCUAUACCAAACAUUUAUUUGAAUAACUUUAAAAAUCCAGCAAGAAAUUAUUUACUCGCCCCUUUGGUCAAUGAACCCACAAUGCCUUACUUGUAUACAAACUCAGUCUUUUAAGGUCCGCCUUCUUCCAGGACUCCAGGUCACAAAUUCAGGUAACAAACCUCCAGUGUCUUGAAAGGACUUGAAGGAGACUAAACAGAAAUUUACAAAGUGGAAUUUAAGGUUUGGAAGGACAUACAAUGUUCACAGGUCAUCCUAUCUGGCCCCAAAACCUGCUGUGGUUUCAGGUACACUAAACGUAUCCAGACCUUCUAAUCAUAUACCUCCAAUGUAUGUGCAAAAACAGCACUGAUAUCCCUGAAUGCGGGUGGUCACAUGUUUGACGCAAACUGCUUUUCUUUAUCUGCUAUUUCGAUGUUUUAUACACUCGUUACUAAGGAAAUGUUUUGUGGAUAAAUUUGUACAUGUAAUCGAUUUGGAGAACAAGAUGUAAAUGUUGAGUUCUGUGUUCUGGUCAGCGUGUGCUCCACAGAUGUGCUGUCCGAAUCCCGUCACCAUGCUGGUGCUCUCGGCACGCAGUAGUCAUGGCAACUAAAUAUGCUAAUGAGAAAUCCGACAAAUUUAUACCAAGAUUCUUGUGUUCUUUAUAAUUCAAAUCUUAUUUUGAAGCUUUUGUAUGCAUGGUACAGAGAUAAAAUGAAUUUUAAAAUUAUAAAUUAGAUAAAAAUCAAUUAAUUCAAGUAUUUAUCAUUCUACUAAAAAUUGGCCAAAAAAAUGUGUCAGGAUGGAGUACCUGCAUGUCGAUCACAAUGCCUGAAGGAACCCUCUAGCACAAUAUCGAGUGUAAAUGGUGACGUUUGGGCUGACAUCGCAAAGCUUGUGCAAUAAAGAGUAACAGUUUGUGUUGCAAACAAUCUGCAACAAAAGAAAUAAACUCUUAAUAUAUUGUGUAUAAGCUGCUAAAUUUAAGAGUUCAUUCAGUUUUGGCCAUGCAGCGGUUCUAGUUUGUACUGUAGCUUUGAGACGAGAUCGAGCACCAACCAUCUGUCUCUCUACCACAGCAUUUCAGACUCCAUUAAACAGAAGUGAACUCAAAACUGAAUGAAUACAUGUUAAUGAUGUGAGCAGGUGGUCUCCUGAGCUGUGUGCCGUGACUUACAAUCAAGCCAUCAGGAUCAGUAUUGAGUAGCACAUCUUAAUGAACUUGUGAAUAAACAACUUACUAUCAAA